CAGUUCGUACUUCCGACUCACUGUCGGCACUAACAGUCCCUCGCCGUCUCCGACUCACCUCCACAUUUUCCGUUCGAAUUAUGGAAAGUCGCGGCUUCUUCGCGGUGGCGCUCGUCGUCUCCUCCUCUGCUUUCUUUGCUGCCGCCGGCUCCCUCCGCCAUGUCGAGGACCCAAACUGGUACCACGCCGCCGCGACUUGGUACGGAAGCGCCGAAGGCGAUGGCAGUGACGGAGGAGCAUGCGGGUACGGGACCAUGGUGGAUGUGCAGCCGUUGAGGGCGAGGGUGGGAGCGGUGAGUCCGUCGCUGUUCAAGGAAGGAGAAGGUUGCGGUGCUUGCUACAAGGUGAAAUGUCUAGACCGUACCAUUUGUUCGAGAAAGGCAGUGACGGUCAUAAUUACUGACCAAGCCCCUCAGCGUUACAGUGACAGGCCCCUUUUCGACCUUAGUGGCGCCGUUUAUGGCCGCAUGGCUAUCACCGGCUACGGCAACAGCCUCCGCGAUCGCGGUGAGAUGGCCAUUAUUUACCGCCGGACACCGUGCAAGUAUCAAAGAAAGAAUAUUGCCUUUCGUGUGAACGAGGGGUCAACAGGUUAUUGGCUUUCCCUCUUGGUUGAGUUCGAGGAUGGAGAUGGUGAUAUUGGAUCCAUGCACAUCCAACAGGCAGGGUCAGAAGAGUGGUUGGAAAUGAAACACAUAUGGGGAGCAAACUGGGUAAUCAAUGGUGGACAGUGGCCUUUGAGUGGACCAUUCUCUGUAAAGAUAACGACGCUCUCAACCGGAGCAACACUCGCUGCAAGAGGCGUUAUUCCCCGCAAUUGGGCUCCCAAAGCCACUUAUACUUCACGCCUCAACUUCCGCAUCUAAUAUUAUAAAUUCUUAUAUGACACGGGUUUAUUCAAUGAUGGAAAGCGCGACAACUUUUCACCACGCAAUAAACACUUGUCAUAUAACAAUGCAGAAGAAAAUGUGCAUGUAUGGUUACUCUUUAUCAAAGUAUGCCUAUGUGGUGGCAUGGCCUGUGUGUUCUUCCUUUUUUUCUAAUUUUAAAGAGGAAAAAGGUGGUAGGGCAGCCAUUAUCUCUUCUUAGUUUUUUGUUAAAAGAAGAAAAUAAUCGAAAGUAGGUUCUUUAUUUGUGUCUUUUCCAGCUGAGUUACCCGUGUGUGUAUCUAUCAGAUGGGGUGGAAGCCAUAAAUAGAGCAUAAUAUGUAGAGCCCUCUCCAAAGGAGGGUGAGCUCUCUCUUCAUUCUCAUCUUCACGCAGGGUCCUACAUCUAGCUAUAUAUGAAGCCAUGUUGUUUGGUGGGUGAGAGUUUCUGUUUGUGGGUCCUUUUUGUUUUCCAAUUGUAAGCUCAGUUUGGAUUUAUGGAAUGGAUUAUGUUUCUCUGUUCUUGUUUUAUCUACUCCUUAUUUAUUAGAGUUUAUACAUGUAUGCAACAAACUGAACAAGUAGUGAUUGAUGUGGGUCCUUUUGCAUCUAAUUUAGAGGGUUGUUCACAUUAACUUCCCAUUAGCUUCCCACUCUGUAUGCCAACCAAGAACUGUCACGUUAAACAGAAAUUCAGCCACAUAUAUUGGGUUAAGAGGAUGC